CGUUUUCAUCAUUGAAAAUACGCUCUUCCUUUAUUUCACAUACGCAAAGCGGAAUAAUCAAAUAAUACGAUUGCUUCAUCAAUGCUAACAAUAAUAUGUUAAUUAUUCCAGUUGUUACUGUCAAAGAACUUAUACCGACAAGAUCGAUCCGGCACAGGUUUAUUGUAAUUUUUGAGGAAUUGAAGAUAUUAAUUGUUUGUCCAACCGAUUUGUUUGUGCCCGAAAAUACUUUAAUGAAUUUACUGACACUUGUACUCUCGGAAGAAAACAUUUUUCAAUAAUCUGGAUUCAACGAGUCGGUGAAUAAUAUUGUUUGCAACAGUCGGGAACAACUGAUGGUCUAUAAACGGCAAUCCGGUGAAAAAAAACAGUGUCUUUGACAUAAAAGAAUUUGAGGUAACUCUAUUCGGCAGUAUAGACACGAUUGUGGUCCACCAUGUCGAAAAUUUUGGAAUAACUAAAGGGGCUACAGAGGAGGGACCGUGCCCUCGAGGAUGGGAAAUAAACUAAGCAGUUCCUGCAUAAUUCAUAGGGAGGAAGAAGGGCUACCACGAGGGUUGCCUCGCAUUACCUUCGUUCCCCUAUCGUGGCACGCUACACACGAACGCUGCUAGAGUAUCCGUGCCGGAUCGAUCUUGCCGGUCUGGCAGAGUUAACCACGCCCGCGCAGCGUGGCGGGCCUCCGAUUGGCUGAAAGACCUUGGCAGAAGGCGUGGUCUGGCGGAGAGGGCGUGCCAGCAACGCCGUGCGUUCGUGCCGGCCACGGAGGAUGGGUGACGCGGAGGAGGUAGACAUCAGCGCAGUCGGCAAUCUGCUCCUGCACGGAGACGCUCGCGAUACCUCUUCCUCCCGCCUUCGUUGGUGUCUCCGACGCACGGUGCGUCCUGGCGAACGCCAGGCGGAAAACGAACCCAACGAGGUCGAACGGUGGGUUACGAGCGGCGAAUAUCGCGUCCUCCUCGCAAUGCGAUAGAUCGCGCGGGACGGCUCGAUGACAACGCGAGGCGGGGAACAAGGCCUGGAUGAAAAGACACGAGAAUGCAAUGACCCGGAGCAGUUGAGGACCGUACAAUAGCCAUCCGUGGACUACGGGCGGUGCACGAUGCUGGUACCGCCUGAUAUGAUUUCGUCCCACUCCAGGAUGGUCUAUCAGUUCAACAAGUACUUCGGCGAACGGGUGAUGAGCAGGAAGAGUCAGGUGGCGAAGACCAUUCAGGAGGUGUGUCGAGUUGUGCAGGAUGUGCUGAAGGAGGUGGAGGUGCAGGAGCCCCGAUUCAUCUCGUCCCUGACGGAUUACAACGGCCGAUUCGACGGCCUCGACGUCAUCUCGCCGACGGAGUUCGAGAUCAUCAUCUAUCUGAAUCAGAUGGGCGUGUUGAACUUUGUGGAUGACGGCACCCUGCCGGGCUGCGCCGUGCUGAAGCUUAGCGACGGACGCAAGAGAUCCAUGUCCCUAUGGGUGGAGUUCAUCACCGCGUCCGGUUACCUGUCGGCCCGAAAGAUACGCUCGCGUUUCCAGACCCUAGUGGCGCAAGCCUGCGACAAGUGCACGUAUCGGGAUUCGGUGAAGAUGAUCGCCGACACCACCGAGGUGAAACUACGGAUACGCGAGCGGUACGUCGUGCAGAUCACGCCGGCUUUCAAAUGUGCCGGACUUUGGCCGAGAUCGGCCUCCCAUUGGCCGAUCGCGCAUAUACCCUGGCCGCACCCCAACAUUGUCGCCGAGGUGAAGGCGGAGGGCUUCGACAUGCUCUCCAAGGAAUGCAUAGGCCUGCAGGGCAAGCAGUCCGCCAUGGAGGGCGACGCCUGGGCGUUGUCGUUUAUCGACGCGGAGAAUCGAUUGUUGCAGGGCGCGAGUAGGAAGCGUUGCCUCAGUAUACUCAAGACCCUCAGGGACCGGCAUCUCGAACUGCCGGGGAACCCGGUCACCAGCUACCACAUGAAAACCCUGCUGCUCUACGAGUGCGAGAAGCACCCGCUUGAGACGGAAUGGGACGAAGGUUGCCUGGCCGAGCGGAUAAACGGCAUUUUUCUGCAGCUAAUCUCCUGCCUGCAGUGCCGCAGAUGCCCGCAUUACUUCCUACCGAAUCUCGAUCUCUUCAAGGGGAAAUCGCCCAGCGGCCUGGAGAACGCCGCGAAGCAGGUGUGGAGACUCACCAGGGAGUUGCUGACCAACAGUCGCGCGCUCGAGAAGCUGUAGUGACCGAACGCCACGUGGCUGAAUCGUCGUACGGUUCGUCAACUGAUCUCGCAAAAUCUCGUCACACGUUCCUGUAAUCGCGGCGUCGACGACUUCGACGCGCGAGUAAGAUACGUCUAACCGUGCAAGGACUGCGCGAGAGUCAUCGUGCACCGGAGACCUAGUGACGUGAGAGAAACACUUGCGGGCUUUUCCAAGAAAAAGAAAGACACGUUUCUCGUCGCCACCCAACGCACCGCGGAGUCAUCGGGGGAGUCCGAUCUGCACUUUCCUGGAUUUCGCGGAUCCGAGGAUCGCAUAUGUUUUCGAUGUUCCCCGAAGAUAUUUAGUGUGUGCCGGAAGCAAUCCUCGCGAGAUUUAAUCACGCGCGUAUGUGAUGUUUGGUGAACACGUGAUUGGCUCGCAGACGGUCGAAUUAGUGCCAUAAAUAAUCUCUUCGACGUUAGAGACAGAUUUCGUUUCUUCUGCCGGCCUCGAAAUAUUCAGUAAAAUAUAUCAUUUAGCCGCAGAAAAUUAUCAUUCGGUUGCAACGGCGGCUUGCAACGCUGUGACGAUGCGCGUGUAACAGCCUUUAACCCGUGGUACAGAAAUCUUGUUGUUGAGUGAAGAAACUACUAUUCUCGGCGUUUAACUCUUUAAGAUCUUCAAAUCUGUACGACCACAGUAACGAAAACUUUUCGCACAACGUUCCCUCGUUUCUAAAUACGAUACCUUUUUACCACGAGGCUCGUGAGCUUCGCGACGGUCUUAAAGCCUAAGACCGCAAGCACUGCCACGCAUUGAUACUUAAAGAGUUGACGCGACUGAUCAGUUUUAAUAAUGUUUUCUCUUAACACGAAUAGUACGUUUGUUCUGUAGUUUAGUGAUCGCGACCACGGUUAAGGGUUCUAUCGUUUCUCACUUAAGUCCCUCGCGCGUCGACCUCCGCCGCCUAUGUAAAUAAAACUUGAAAGAUAUUUAUUGAACUGUAACGAAAUGUGAAAUAUAAUACUAUUUAUAUGGAA